CGGAGGCGCCGCGGUGGGGUCGCGCAGCAACCUGUGUCUCGGGUGGUUUGCCUCAACCUACAAAUAUCACCUUCAUAUCCAUAAACAUGCAGAACAUCCUACGGUGGAACCCACCAGCAGAGCUACAAGGAGCUGAAGUUACCUACACAGUGCAGUAUUUCAUAUAUGGGCAAAAGAAAUGGCUCAGUAAACCUGAAUGUAGAAACAUCAACAGGACCUACUGUGAUCUUUCUGUAGAAACUUCUGACUAUGAACACCAAUACUAUGCCAAGGUGAAGGCCAUGUGGGAAACGAAUUGUUCCAGAUGGGCUGAAACUACAAGAUUCUAUCCUUUUUUAGAAACACAAAUUGGCCCACCAGAGGUUGCCCUGACAACUGGCGAGAAGUCCAUUUCUAUCACCUUGACAGCUCCAGAGAAGUGGAAGAGAAAUCCAGAAGACAGUACUGUUUCUAUGCAACAAAUAUACCCCAAUCUGAAGUACAACGUGUCUGUAUAUAACACUAAAUCAAAGAGAAUGUGGUCCCAGAGUAUCACCAACCACACACUGGUGCUCAGCUGGCUGGAACCAAGCACUCUGUACUGUGUCCAGCUGGAGGCCUUCGUCCCAGGGCCCCCUCGCCUCAUUCAGCCUUCUCACAAGCAGUGUGUCAGUACUUUGGAAGAUCAAGCAUCAGCAUUGAAGGUUAGAAUCAUCUUGUGGUAUGUCUUGCCCACCUCUGUUAUCAUGUUUCUCUUGUUUGUGAUUGGCUACUCCAUCUACCGAUAUAUCCAUGUCGGCAAAGAGAAGCACCCCGCUAAUUUGAUUUUGCUUUAUGGAAGUGAACUUGGCAAACGAUUCUUUGUGCCUGCUGAAAAACUCGUGAUUAACUUCAUCACCGUCAAUAUUUUGGAAGAUUCUAGAAUGUCUCAAAAGGAUAUGAGUCUCCAGGAAAAAAGCAGCAGUGAACCCACUCUUCAUGCUCCCGAGCCCAGCGGGAGCUCAGAGCCCCUUCUGGAGGGAGCGGAAGUGCUACACUUAGGGUACACGUCGCAUUUGAUGGACAUUUUCCGUGACACUGAGGCCAGCAGCAGAGACGCCUCCCUGAGCCGGGGACAGUGGCUCGGCGGCAGUCUCCCUGCUGGGGAGGCAGCCGUUGCAGAUGAGUGCCAUGUCCCACCUGACUUCUGCCAGGGGCAUGGAGACCAUCCGCGUGCUGGGCAGGAAGAGGCAAGCAGACCCUGGAAGUCCGCAGUGGCUAAUGUGGGUCCACUGUCUCCACACAGCCCCCAGCUCAGCGACCUGAAUGGCCUGGUUCAGGGGCAUCCAGGUUUGGGAGAGGGACCAGAAGAAGAGCCGUCCACCACCCUGGUGGAUUGGGACCCCCAGACUGGCAGGCUGUGCAUUGCUUCCCUACUUGACUUUGACCAAGACCCUGAGGACUGUCAACAUCACGAGUGUGACCGCCUCUCGGAGGAGGGCCUUUUGUCUAGACUGUAUGAGGUCCAGGCCCAGAAUAAGCCAUCAGAAGAAAACAAAAACUGUUUCGUGCAAUUUAUGGAGGAAUGGGGGUUACAUGUACAGAUGGAAAACUAACCAGCAACCAACACAUGCACAAACCUUUCUGAGGGAGUCAUGGAAAUGAGCUGAACUGACCAGGUCCAGAUUCUGCAGUGUCAGAGAAAAAGACGUACCACUCUCUCCACGCGCUUGUGAGGUCCUGUCCACUGGGGGUGGUGGUCUGCUGGGUGGGGUCUCUUACAAUGAGGAUGCACCCUGGAGUGCAGAAGAGACUUGUCUUUGCUUUAGGCAGAGGAAGCACAUAAGGAAUGUCUGCCUGUCCGGUGUGAAAUUUAAACACAGGCAUGUGCUGUGUCCAUUUCUGUUUAUGAUUUUCUAACAAGUAUGUCUUUC